GUUGAUGUGAAUUUGGAAGGUUGUCAAUGACUUGAUAAUGCUAAAUCUCUGUCUUUUGCUAGUCUUUUUAUUUUUAUUUUUGUUCUAUUUAGGGAAAUAUUCUAUGUCAAUGAAUGUUAUCUUUAAUAAAGUCGUAUAAAUUUAGGUGCUACAUAAUGGUUCCUGUACUUGGUAAAAUUUGUAAAAAAGCCAAGAGUGAACCAUACAAAUCAAAGUCAGAAAGCAGAGGAGACCCUUGGAAAGAUAAGAACGGGAGCAUGUUUUUAAAUAUGCUCCUUGAAAAAAAGCGAACAUUUUAUAAGUGUGGUGACACAUAUGUAACCCCUGAAUCACACGACUUAAUAAAAUGGCCGUUGUUAUGUGCUACUGCUACACACAAAAUGAAAAAAUGCAAAACAGAUAAAGAUGAUGUCAAACAUUUAUACAAAGUUAUGCCAGAACUAAACAACAAGGUCUGCAUAUGGCAAGGUGACAUCACAAGAUUGGAAAUAGAUGCUAUUGUAAACGCAGCUAACCAAACCUUGCUAGGAGGAGGAGGUGUUGACGGUUGCAUCCAUCGUGCAGCGGGACCAACACUGGUUGAAGAAUGUCGUUCUUUAAAUGGCUGUCAAACAGGAGCUACAAAAAUCACAUCAGGGCACAAACUACCAGCUAAAUAUGUCUUGCAUACAGUUGGUCCGAUGGUGAAAAACGAACAAAAGUUGAAAGGAUGUUACGAAACCUGUCUGCAGUUUAUGCUAGAAUAUGAAAUGAAGUCGAUCGCAUUUCCGUGUAUUGCGACUGGAAUUUAUGGAUAUCCAAACAGAGAGGCAGCACACGUUGCACUGCAAACCGUGCGAGAAUGGCUUGAAAAACACCCUGGAAAGGUGGAUAAAAUUAUAUUUUGCACAUUCAUGGAGAAAGAUUACCUAAUUUAUCACGAGUUGAUGAAAGAUUGCUACUUUCCAUGUGCUAAGCAACCUACAGAAGGUGUAUUCGAAGAUGCGCAGAUGGAAAUUUCUAACUUAAAUCCCGAUGAAAAAAAGUUAAAAGAAAAAGAAGUCAAUACGCCCUGCGAAAACAAAGAUACCACUCUCCAAAACCUGUUUGGAAGUGACAGUACACAACAGAAGGAUAGCAUACCUAAGAAAUCUGGCGUUGCAAAAGACAGCGCUGCUCAAGGUUUCUGCAAACCAAAAAGUGACGAUACAACAAUGAGAGAGAGUAAAAGAAACGCUUCCAGUCCGGUAAAAAGUGACGAUACAACAAUGAGAGAGAGUAAAAGAAACGCUUCCAGCCCGGUAAAAAGUGACGAUACAACAAUGGAGAAAAGUAAAAGAAACGCUUCCAGUCCGGUAAAAAGUGACGAUACAACAAUGGAGAAAAGUAAAAGAAACGCUUCCAGUCCGGUAAAAAGUGACGAUGCAACAAUGGAGAAAAGCAACAAAAACGCUUCCAGUCCGGUAAAAAGUGACGAUACAACAAUGAGAGAGAGUAAAAGAAACGCUUCCAGUCCGGUAAAAAGUGACGAUACAACAAUGAGAGAGAUUAAAAGAAACGCUUUCAGUCCGGUAAAAAGUGACGAUGCAACAAUGGAGAAAAGCAACAGAAACGCUUCCAGUCCGGUAAAAAGUGACGAUACAACAAUGAGAGAGAGUAAAAGAAACGCUUCCAGUCCGCUAAAAAGUGACGAUACAACAAUGAGAGAGAGUAAAAGAAACGCUUCCAGUUCGGUAAAAAGUGACGAUACAACAAUGGAGAAAAGUAAAAGAAACGCUUCCAGUCCGGUAAAAAGUGACGAUGCAACAAUGGAGAAAAGCAACAGAAACGCUUCCAGUCCGGUAAAAAGUGACGAUGCAACAAUGGAGAAAAGUAAAAGAAACGCUUUCAGUCCGGUAAAAAGUGACGAUGCAACAGUGGAGAAAAGCAACAGAAACGCUUCCAGUCCGGUAAAAAGUGACGAUACAACAAUGAGAGAGAGUAAAAGAAACGCUUCCAGUCCGCUAAAAAGUGACGAUACAACAAUGGAGAAUAGUAACAGAAACGCUACUACUCUGCUAAAAAGUGACGAUACAACAAUUGGAAGCAACCAACCAACAAGCGGAAAAGAAAUCGAAAAACCAUUCGCAUUUAAUCCUCUCGCACCCGUAUUUUCUCCUAAAAAAGCAAAUUUAAACCCUACUGCCUUGUCUUUUAUCCCGACGGAAACGACACCGAAACUCGAAAACAAGAAAAAAAAUUCGAAUGAAGAUUAUAAGUUGCAAAAACAACUGGACGAUACUUCUAAAGAUUCUAUGUCGAAAGAAAAAAAUUCGAAAUCUGACACUGUUGCUUCAUCGAAUGCAGUCUGUGCGAUGAAAACAUCGACUCCAGAGAUGGCAGCAAAAGAUGGUGCUGCUCCUGAAACUUUCAAUAAAAGAAAGGGUGAAGAAAAAAAAUUACCUACUUCUGAUGCUUAUGUUGCAGCGGAAACAUCCCCAACAGGAAAAAAAUCAGCAGCAAUGAAGAACGAGUUAUUCGUCAAUGAAAUACCUCCCCCGCGUAAUCACAGUGAGGAUGACGAGUCAAAGACUAAUGAAAACCUUACGUCAGACAAAACAUAUUUGGGUGCAGAAACUAUUUCCCCUGAAGCCGAACCUGCCGUGAAAGUUUUAUCGAUACCUUCUACAGCAACCGAUGCUUCACCCAGCGAUCCCAGUGAAAAAGACAAGUUACAGAACUGCGAUACAUCCGAUACCCCUGAGAAAGAAAAAGAAGAACUCUUAGAUGUUGAUGCACAGGAGAAUGCUUUUGUGGAGAAAAUUUCAGAUUUAAAUGAAUCGGAAGAGCACGAGAGUGUUGAGGUAAGUGAUAAUGAUGCUUCCAAAGUGCCUGAUGAGAUUGAAGAAUCUAUAGUAGCUGCCUCAGAUGCUAGUGUCGCCAUAGAAACAUCGCCUACUAAGGAGAAUGUACCGUGGAAAAGCCCUUCAAGCUUAGGUGAUUCGACUCAAGGUGAGAAAUUGAAACAAAGUAUUGGUAAUAAAUAUAAAAUCUCUGAUCAAGAAGAAACAGAACAAAGUGAAGAAGUUAAAACCUCUUCAUGCGAAGCUAUUGAAGCCUUAUUGCCGGAUGUUCCUACCCAUGAACCCGCAAAUAAGUCCAACUUGUGAAAAAUAUUCUCGAAGUGAUAGUUCACAACAUUUGUAGUACAUAAGUGGAGAUAUCCCUUUAGUUGCACUUAGGACAUCUUAAAACAGUUGUAGUCUCAAAUGUGGCAAUGCGUAAAUUCGCAUUAAGUAAUUUGUAAAAGUAAAAGAAAGUUUGCCAAAAUACAGCAUGUGCCUGAUAAGUGGAACUCCCAAAAUACAGUAUGCGCCUGAUAAGUGGAACCCCCAAAAUACAGUAUGCGCCUGAUAAGUGGAACCCCCAAAAUACAAUAUGCGCCUGAUAAGUGGAACCCUCAAAAUACCGUAUGCGCCUGAUGAGUGGAACCCCCAAUGGGAACGAAGGAGAUAUUUCAUUUGACGGAUUUUGAGGGAAACGGGCCAUUUACGAAUAAUAAAAAAAGAAAGUGAGAAAAAUAAAAGAAAUAGGAUUCACGAUAUUUCAAUGUUAAAAGUAAAGCCUUCAACUUCAAGACUUGCAAGACAAUGUACGUCCUUUUUUAUUUAUAAAAAACAGUUUUUCUUAACAUGAGAUUAUAGGUACUUUAACUCCUAACUCGCAAAAUAUUAGUAAAUUUGAAAAUUUUGGAAACUAAGGACACGUGUGUUAAACAUAUCUUUUUUCACUAAUGAAUGUUUACAGUUCUUCUUUUCGUACUUGCUCCCGCUACAUUUUCUCCAUCGUAGUGUGUAUUCGCUCGUAUCUGUUGUAACAAAAAUGUUGAUAGAUAAACCAGGGAUCUUCCUAAAAUUAAUUUUAAGGGAUAAAAUAGUCUGAUUCGAUAAAUUUUCAAAAAAUCUCAUUUAAAGUUAAGAGACAUAAAAAGAAGACGUGUCUUUGAUUCAAAAUAUUUGAAUUAUUCCUUUCCUUUCACUCCCGAAAUUUUUAUUGCGCAGCGUUGAACCUCUUUUGUUUUGCCAGCACACGUAAAAAUAAUUCAAACGAUGGUUGUUGCGGAAAGUUCUACUUAUGUGGUAGUUCUGCUUAUCUAAAAGUCCACUAAUCGAGGAUUCCACUUAUUCGACUAAAAAAGUGAGGUUUAUAUAUCAAACCCAAAGUGCCGGAAAAAUGCUUCCGUUUUAUAAAAGCUCCACUUCUGCAGACUUCUAUUUUAUAAAAGCUCCACUUCUGCAGACUUCCAUUUUAUGAAAGCUCCAAUUAUGCAGACUUCCAUUUUAUAAAAGCUCCACUUCUGCAGACUUCCAUUUUAUAAAAGCUCCAAUUAUGCAGACUUCUACUUAUAAAAGGUGUACUUCUGCAGACUUCUACUUAUAAAAGGUCUACUUCUGCAGACUUCUACUUAUAAAAGGUCUACUUCUGCAGACUUUCACUUAUCAAGCGCGCAAUGUGUGGUCAAAUUAUCAAUAUUUUGGUUGCCAGGUAUGUUUUUUUAGAGUUUUGAAAAUUAUUACGCAUACCAGUUAAAGAAUUACAACCUCAUUUUGGUUUUCUUUUCACCGCAGAAAAAAUAAAUGUUUGUUACCAUUCUUUGGUUGAUAAUAUUUUUAAUUGUAUUGCAUGAAAUAUUGAGUUGUUCGUUUGGAAGUAUGCGAGAGCGGACAAACACGGUUUGUCCCGUUCAAAAGAAUAUGUAUUAGGAAUAUGUAUUAUAAACGUGAAUAAAACUUGAAUGUAA